AUGUGGAUCGAUCGUUAUCGCAAUCUAUCACACUUAGGAGGUACCGCAUCAUUUAUUGAUCGGAAUUUUCAUUAUCGUUCACUCGAAAGUUUUUAUCGGCCAUAUUUACAACCAGAUAAAACUGCUGAAUCAACUGUCAUAGCGCUUAAAGAAAUCGUUGUUGAUUUUGGUAUACGCCAUUUACAAGCUGUUAAUUGGGUAUCCGAUCGUGGUUCAAACUUCGUAAAAGGAUUUUGUGAUUAUAAACCAAUAUUUUGCUUUGCUCAUCGUCUCAACAACAUUUUAAAGAAAUUAUUUAGUAAAAAAGAUGCACUAAUCAUUGACGCGACCACAACAAUAGCCAUAGAAGAUUCAGAGGAAUCUGAUGAGCAAGAAGAUGAGGAUCUUUCUAAAUUUAAGAUGCGGAUAAGUGAAGUAAAAUCAACAAGUGAGAUGAAAUAUUGUUAUCUGAACGAGUUACGACUGGUAAUUCGAUAGUGAGAAGGUUAUAUUGUUUCGUUAGGAAUUUAAAAAAAAGGGAUUCUACCAACACAUUUUAAAAGAAUUUGCUCCUGAGUCACGAUAUGUUUUUUCAGGAUAUAAUUAGAAAACCUUGCCGUCUAAUCUUUGAUAAUCUUUUUAAGAUUCACGCAGCUCUUGUUCAAGAGAAAACAACUAUGAAUAGGCAUAUAUCGUUAAUUUAUAGUACAUAUUGAAAAAUCAUGGUGAUAAAAGCUCGACUUAUUCUAUGAAAAAUGUAUUAUAAUGUCAACGGAUGUAGAAUUUGGUUCUGAAAAAAAAAUGAUGAUGUCAGUGUUGAAUUGAAAGGUGAAAAAACUUAGUUUAUUGCGAUUUAGAAAAAAAGAACUAUGAUCCCGAUUUAUCAGAACACGCCUUUUCGUUAUUUGUACAUAUUUUCCUAGAAAAAGGUUUCUCUCAAAUGUUCCCUGCAAAAAUUUUGAAACAUACAAAUGUGAACCGAUCAAAGUUAUUGCUAUAUUUUGCCCAAAUCAACGUUGAAAAAAAGCUUUUUGUAAAGCACGAUUUGGAGAAGGAAAAUUUUAAGUCCUAGAAUCCUUUUUUCUUACAUACAACUUUCUUGAAGGUUGUAAGUUAUAAGUGUUCUUUAAAAAUUUGUCAGACAAUGUUUAAAAAAGAUCUAUAUGCCAGAUCUU